AGCUUCUCCCUCAGUCCCGGACCGGGACCGGGGCUGCGGUUCGGGGGCUGUUUCCCCCCCCCCCAAGCCCGGUACCGGGGCUGCGCGGGGGCAGCGGGGUCUGUUCCUUAAAACUGCUCGACUUCGCUUUACGUCAGCCUGAGUUUCUGCGUCAGAACUCCUCUCCCUCUUCUUUCCUACGGGGAGAGGGGGGGGGACGACACAAGCCGGGGCUCCCCCCACCUGCGCCGGGGAGGCGGCGCCGGGGGCCGGGCUGGGCGGCCCCGGGGGAACCACCUGCCGGUACCGACACCCCCCUGAACCCCCUCCCCGGGUCGCAACGGGGCAGGGCUCGGCUCCCCCGACCCGGCCUGGCGGGGGAAAGGAGCGUGGAGCCCCGCGGGGGAGGGAGAAGGAACGGCGGGGGCCGAGCCGGCGGCGGUCCCGGUCCCGGUCCCGGUGCCGGUGGGGAGGGAAGCGCCGUCCGCAGCCUCUGCGGGAAAGGUCGGUCCGAGGAUGAGGUCCUGAAGCCCCGCAGCAUCCUCCUCCGAAUCAAGAUGACGACAGCCGCACCGCUGAUCAAUAAUACUCAGUUCUCAGUAAAUGUGACCACAAAGUCUCAAGAACAAAGUCUCUAUCAAAGUUCUGGAGCAAUAGUUGCUGCCAUCGUAGUAGGAGUGAUUAUUAUUUUUACAGUGGUUCUGCUCAUAUUGAAAACAUAUAACAGACGCAUGAGAGUGAAGCGGGAGCUGGAACCCAAAACCACCAAAACAGCAAUGCCACCUGCUUUAGGGCAGAACAGCAACAGCCUGUCUCAGCACCCAACAGUGACUUUCAUACCUGUGGAUAUCCACAUGCAGAACAGGUAACUGGGGACACUCAUCCUCCCUGUGAGAGAAGAGAGAUGGGAAUUCUUAUUUACGUGGACCUGGGACUCCACAGCAAAGCGACGCUGCAUUUGGAAUAGCGAUAAGCUCUUAUUUUGUCUAUAGAUUGUAAUUAAUCCUGCUUUCUGUCUUUGGGAGGAAAAAUAAAAGGUCUGGACGCUUUGCGUAUGACUGAAAUCAACUGGUGGAGGCAUACAAAUAAUCAGAAACGCAGUGAGCCUUCUUACAGAGCUCUGGAUAUGGAGAGACUGAAUAAACCAAGCCCAUUUGUUGGAAAAAAAGAUGCACACUCAUAUUUUGUGGAGCUUUUGCUUACUCAGAGAGUUUGAGCUUUUUCUGGUCUGCAAUGAUAAACUGGAAGAAAAAUUUGGACAUGCAAGCUACAACUCAGGUUGAACCUGGGCUUGUUAUGAUUUAUGUGAAACAGGUUUGUAGUCUGUUUUAUACGUGAUGGAUAGUACAGGAAGUAUCAAAAUUGUAUUUAUCUUUACUCAUCUUUCCUGUUUCUAAUGCCACAUAUGUAUGGUUUGAGAUUAAAAAGUUACUUUUUAUUUUCAAGUAUUUCUAAAAUAUUUCUAUAAACUUGGUAACCUAUCAAUUUCCAAAUGAACUCAACAUCUAAGGGUUUUCACUCUCACGCCAAGAACUGCUUUAGUUUCAUUACUGGAGUUGGGUUAGAAUGUUUUGUCUUAACACAAAAUCUGAGAAGUUCUUUAAUUGAAAAAGUAAGCAUGGAAAGGCAGUAUAAAGCAAGCAAGGCUCUAUACAGCUACUGUGUACAAUUCACAUCCUGAAAUGCUUUGCUCUCUAAUGCAGACUAGGCUUGAACUAUUUUUAGAUAUUUUUUUUCUAGAAAGUAACCAAAAGUGAUGUUGUUUUGCAAGUGUGAUGAUUGUGGGUGUACAGUAAUGCAACAAAGAAAUUCCCUAGGAUAUUCACAGCCCACUGAGUGUGAACACACAGCAGCAUUGUCAGACAUUCAGUGACUGAUUGUCUCAAGUGUGUGUAUCAAAGCAGCCCUGAAACACUGUCUGACAGGACAGAUAGGAAGGAUUAGGAAGAAGUUGAGAAGUUAAACCCUGUUUUAAAUAGAAGUACGUGAGGCUCUGAGAAACAGCUCUAGUCUUUGACACACACAGAUUUUAUGGAACCACUCACUUGAAUGGCUGGACAGAGUGUGAAGGGAAUACAGCGGUAUCGUAGCAGUCUGGAUUUAUUGUAUGGUGUGCGUCUUGCGGUUAGCUCUAAGCUACUGGGGCCAUUAGAGGGCUCCAGCCUGUUUGUAGACCUUAGUAAAACUGUUAGUAGGGUAUUUUUAACUCCUUUUUGGGAGCUGUAGAGAGAGAAAUUCCUGUUGUCUAACUGAAUUGAUCACAGAGAGCCUCCAGCUUUAAAGCUUUUUGUCCUGCAGCGGUUCACUUGCUGUUCUUCCCAAUACUGUCACACGUCACCACUAGUUACGUUCUUAAAUCACGCUGUGCCAAAACAAAGCUGACCAUUCUCAGAGUAAAGUGGGGAAGGACUGGGGUGAUAAGUUGAUGUAUUUUCUCCAAGAUGUGAAGCCAUCUCUUGGAACAGGUCAUUUUUACUAACUGGUAUUUUUGUGCAGAAACUAAAUUCAAUUACUUUGCAAUUUUUUUUUGUAUGAAACUGGAGCAUAGUUUGAAUUCCAAACUAAAUAUUAAGACAGCUGUUUGUGAAGUUUCUAAAUCUCGUUGUAAAUAUUUUACUUGUCCUAGUUCUCCAACUUAUUUUUUUGCAGUGGGAAUGACUGAUAUAAUCAUUCAGAAGGGACUGCAGCUGCCAAUUUAAUUUUUUUCCAGAAAGGUGAAGGAGUUGGCCUCCUGCUCCUAUCUCUGGACAGCUAAGGAUGUUUUUUGAGCAUGUUCCACUGUAUCAAAAUCAAGAUCUUUUGAAAAGAUAAGCCCCAUCUUACUGUUAUUUUUUAAUGUUACCAGCCAGACCUACUUCUAGCAAAUUUUGUUUACUUUCCAUUUACAGAAUUUCAAAACAAUGAAGUUCACUUUGCUUCACUGAAGCAGAAUAAGCAGUACUACUAUAAACAAUUCUGGAUUGGUAGAAUUACUAUUAUUGGCAGGAGAAUUACUGCUUUGACCACACUAGCAUUGCUCAAUCUGAAAAAUUCAAAGCGUGCUGCCUUACCAGUAAAAUUUGCCUUAUAUUGGCACAGCCUGGGAGGCCCCCACAAUCCAUUCUGACUCCUGUCAGCAAAAUCCAGAGCUUAUGCUGACCAAGCAAAAUCACCUUCUUAAGAAACAAAAAUCACUGUAUUUCCACUGCGCUACCACUGUAAUGCUUGUAUAAUUUGCUGUGGAUUUAACAGUUUUCCAGGAACAAUCCCACGCUGUCCUUGCCCUGUAAUAGUAGCUGCUUCAGCGCUGAUUCAACCCGCCCCAUCUAGGCACCUGGCUUCCACUUUCAAAUGCCCCAGCUUUUGGAAAAGCUCCCCUUUAGCUGCCUUUGUGUCCAGACUUGCCAUCAAGUAAACCUGCUGGUUAAAAAAAAAAAAGAUGACUGAAAGCUGAUAUUGCAAAUUGGUCUAUUAAAGAAAUCCCAGACCAUGUAAGCCUUUGGAGGGAAUAGGCAAUGUAAGUGUAACACAUUAAUUGUGAUUCAUACUAACUCAUUAGAGAUUAUCCAUGAAGCUCUGCAAAUUAAUACAAAGUUGAACCCUUAGUG